AUGAGCCGCAAGUGGGCGACCUUGUCGCUGGGACUGGGAGCGGUCGUCGGCUUCUCGGUCGGCCGCCUGUGGAGGCCGUCGGGCGUCCGAGAGGAAGAGCCGGGAGGCGCUCUCUUGGAGCUGCCCGUGGUUCCGGUCCCGAGCGUCCACGCUGACUCCGGACUGAUGUUGAGUCGCGGCCCCGGCGGAGGCGGCGCCGUGAUGAAGUACGGCUUCCCGUCCCUCUCCAACAUUCGAACGCGAGAAUCCUACGUGAGUUCGUACGACCCGAGGACCAGGACGCCCGCGUGGGUCGCGGAGCGGAUCGCCGGCGACGCGCUCGGCGGGACGGCCGACAGGAAGAACUGCGACUUCAAGGAGGACGACAGCGUCCACGAGUUCCAUCGCGCCACCAACGCCGACUACAGGGGGAGCGGCCUGGACAGGGGUCACAUGGCGGCGGCCGCCAAUCACAAGUGGAGCCAGAAGGCCAUGGACGACACCUUUUACCUCAGCAACGUCGCGCCUCAGAACCCUCACUUGAACCAGAACGCUUGGAACAAUUUGGAGAAGUUGUGCCGCUCGCUCAGCAAAAGUUACGCCAACGUCUACGUGUGCACCGGGCCGCUGUACCUGCCCAGGCAGGAAGCCGACGGCAAACUUUACGUCCGCUAUCGAGUUCUGGGGCGGAACCACGUGGCCGUGCCGACGCACUUCUUUAAGGUGUUGAUCUUGGAGCGGCGGGGCCUCCCGGGCGUGGAGCUGCGCUCCUACGUUCUCCCCAACGAGCCCGUGGACGAGAAAAUUCCUCUGGAGCGUUUCUUGGUUCCCAUAGAAAGCGUGGAGAGGGCGUCGGGCCUCCUCUUCGUCCCCAACAUCAUCAGAAGGUCUUCCAGCGCACGGCCGACAAGAUGGCGUGCACAAAGUACAGCAGCGCGGUCACGUACGAAAACACCUGAAGACACAAGCGCACAACUGUCAAUUAAAUGCAUUUACGCUCAGCCUAACGAAUGA